AUGAGCAAUCCAGAAAGGAACGCAUUCAAUCCACAGGAGUUUGCUAAUAAGCCGUCAGAUCAAACCCGCUUACCGGUGGCAUUUAACGUGAUCCAUGUUGAUGAUAUUUCAAAGCUGAAAAUAGCCAAAUUGGAGGAAUGGAUGAAAUAUAAAGAUCCUAACGAGGUGGGUGUCGACAGGCUAAAUAGAUCAGGUGCUGGCACCAACCAACACAUUAUUCGGGAAAUCGAUGUUUCCGACAAUGAUAACGCCCGGUUAAUGGAAACAACGCUGUUAUUCGAUCUGAGUGUCUAUAAGUUGACCCUUAGGGACAACUUUGAUAACUACUGCUUUGCUUAUGAGUACAAUGACAAGCUUCCAUUUCUAAGAACAGGAAGCACUCUUCCAAUUCCAAUUAAACUCGGGGGCAAAUUGAUCAUAAGCCUGGGAGCCACGGUGGCCAAUGGGGCCUUGCUAGUUGAUCGAAAAGUGUGUAAAUACAUUGGAGUAGACGAGAGUUCUGAGUUGGUCAAAGCAUUGAAUUCUAACUUGGUGGAGAAAUCUAUAAAUAUUUUACAAAAUCCCGAAUUAUGA